UGAGGAUUUUGUUAUAUUGGAGAUUUAUCAGGACAUUUAUGAAGCUUUUUCCUCUGGGUCCGUGCGACUUUUUGUGCGAAUAUUGGUCUCGGCAGAACUAUUCCCCUCCAGCUGACCCAGUUGUCUCCUCUUCUCCUGAAUGACCCCCAAGGAUGGACAAGGACAGGAAUGAGAUGACUAAGAGAAUAUUACAUUUCACCUUGGAGAUCCUCCACCUGCUGACCGGAGAGGAUUACACCAUAAUGAAGAAGACAUGGGGGGAGUGUGUGGUCCCCAGCAUCCAUCUCCAUGAGUCAGGAGGAUGGAGCAGGGCCCGGGGCCCCAUCACGGAGCCUCCACCUCACUCACUGAUACAUGGGGAGAAGAUCCUGGAAAUCAUCCACAGGAUCACUGAGCUGCUGACUGGAGAGGUUCCUAUAAGGUGUCAGGAUGUUGCGGUCUAUUUCUCCAUGGAGGAGUGGGAGUAUGUAGAAGGACACAAGGAUCUGUACCAGGACAUGAUGGAGGAUCACCGGCCCCUCACAUCACAAGAUGGAGUCAUUGAUAGAAAUCCACCCGAGAGGUGUCCAUGUCCUCUGUAUUCCCAGGACUGUCCAGAGAGAAAUGUCCAAGAGAAGCAUCAGGGUGAAGAUCUGAUGGAUAUUAAGGUUGAGGUUAAAGUUGAACCAGAAGAGGAGACGGAUUUCGGGGCCGAUCAGCAGUAUGGAGUCAUUGAUAGAAAUCCACCCGAGAGGUGUCCCCGCCCUCUGUAUUCCCAGGACUGUCCAGAGGGAAAUGUCCCAGAGAAGCAUCAGGGGGGAGAUCUGACUAAUAAUAAAGUGGAGGAUGAAGAAGAGAGGAUGAGGGGCCAUCACCCGUGUAUGAGGGACGUGAAGGAGGAAAUUCCUGGAGGUGUUACCCCAGGAAAUCCCAGUAAGAAUGAGGGAAACGUCCUGUUAUCCCUGAAUAAUAAACAAGAAGAUGGAGAGAUCAUGGAGCGCUCCUCAGGAGAAGACCUCCUUACCCCUAAUGUCCAUCCAGAUCUAUCCUAUAAUAAUCCCCCUGAUCAUGAGGAACCUUCUCCUGACCAACCACACAUUGUUACACACAGAAAGAAGCUGUAUGUGUGUUCAGAUUGUGGACAAUGCUGUUUAAGGCAAUCAGAUCUUACUAUACAUGAGAGAACUCAUACAGUAGAGAAGCCAUAUUUAUGUUCAGAAUGUGGGAAAUGCUUUAAACAUAAAUCACUUCUUGUGUUACAUGAGAGAAUUCACACAGGAGAGAAGCUACAUUCAUGUUCAGAAUGUGAUAAAUGUUUUACAUGUAAAUCGCAUCUUGUUAGACAUGAGAGAAGUCACACAGGAGAGAAGCCACAUUCAUGUUCAGAAUGUAUGAAAUGUUUUACAACUAAAGCGGAGCUUAAAAGACAUCAGAGAACUCACAUAAAAGAGAAGCCAUUUUCAUGUUUAGAAUGUGGGAAAUGUUUUAGGACUAAAGGCGAGCUUGUUCUACACGAGAGAAUUCACACAGGAGAGAAAGCAUUUUUAUGCUUAGAAUGUGGGAAAUAUUUUAGAACUAAAGGAGAGCUUGUUAGACACGAGAGAAGUCACACAGGAGUGAAGCCAUUUUCAUGUUCAGAAUGUAAGAAAUGUUUUGGAGCUAAAUCAGAUCUUGUUAGACAUGUGAGAAGUCACACAGGAGAGAAGCCAUUUUCGUGUUCAGAAUGUAGGAAAUGUUUUAGAGAGCAUUCAGAUCUUGUUAUACAUCAGAGAACUCACACAGGAGAGAAGCCAUUUUCAUGUUUAGAAUGUGAGAAAUAUUUUAGAACUAAAGGAGCGCUUGUUAGACAUCAGAGAAGUCACACAGGAGAGAAUCUACAUUCAUGUUCAGAAUGUGAGAAAUGUUUUGGAGCUAAAUCAGAUCUUGUUAGACAUGUGAGAAGUCACACAGGAGAGAAGCCAUUUUCGUGUUCAGAAUGUAGGAAAUGUUUUAGAGAGCAUUCAGAUCUUGUUAUACAUAAGAGAAUUCACACAGGAGAGAGACCAUAUUCAUGUUUAGAAUGUAGUAGAUGUUUUAAAACUAAAUCAGAGCUUGUUAUACAUAAGAGAAGUCACACAGGAGAGAGACCAUAUUCAUGUUUAGAAUGUAGUAAAUGUUUUAGAACUAAAUCAGAGCUUGCUAAGCAUGAGAGAAUUCACACAGGAGAAAAGCCGUAUUCAUGUUCACAAUGUGGGAAAUGUUUUAGAACUAAAUCACAUCUGUGUAGACAUGAGAGAUGUCACACUGGACAAAAAUAAUUUUCAUGUUCAGAAUGUAUAAAAUGUUUCAUAACUAAAGCGAAUCUUGCAAGACAUCACCCAGGAGAGAAGUCAUUUUAAUGUUCAGAAUGUGGGAAAUGUUUCUUAACUAAAUCAUAUCUUGUUAUAUGUGAGAGAAGUCACAGUAUAGAAGCCGCAUUCAUGUUCAGAAUGUGGGAAAUGUUUUUUUGUUUUUUUUACAGAAAUCCCAUCUUGUCACAAUCAUGUUCAGAAUGUGGGAUAUGCUUUACGUAAAUCAGGUCUUGUUGGACAUGAGAGAAGCCACAUUCAUGUUUAGAAUGUAGAAAAUGUUUCACAACUAAAGCAGAGCUUGGUAGACAUGAGACAACUCAGACAUUAAACAUAAAGCAGAGAUUCUAGGAGAUUCCGGAAUAGAUGAAAGUAGUUUAUUUUUUUAUUUUUUUCCAUCUCUUCCGCCCCCCCCCCCCCCCCCUCUUCUUGUGAUCUUGGGGAUUUGAUGUAAAGUGGUUUAAUGUUACUUUAUAUAUGAUAUAUUGAUAUGUGUAUAUAGGCGGAGAUAUGACAUUGUUAUUUUUGUAUGUAUGAUGUAGAAAUGAUGUAUGUAAAGCUCUGACCAGUCUCAUCAAUCUGAUGAUUGCUAUAAAUAGUCCUCUAUGGGGGACAUAAAAAGUAAAAAAGCCCUCCCCCAAUAAAAAUUUAACCCCCUAAGGACUCAAAACAAUUGGAGAUUUUCCUAUCCUUGAUGACAGAAAAUAUAGAUGUUAUUAAAGACAGGAGGUGAACAUUAUGCCAUCUCUUCUUUACUGAUAAAAUAUAGCAGCAAGGGUUAACAGAUAACAUUAAAGGAGUACUCCGGUGCUAAGACAUCUUAUCCCCGUAGAUUCUAGGAGUCUGGAAUAGAUGAAAGUAGUUUAUUUAUUUAUUUGUCAUCGACCCCCGUGAUCAGGCAUCUUCUUCCCUAUCCUUUGGAUAGGGGAUAAGAUGUCUUAGCGCCGGAGUACCCCU